AUGGAUACCUUAAGUCCUGCAAUUUUUGUCAAUGGGGAAUUGCUUCAUAUGUUUAUUGGGCGGAAUGUUCGCAUAGUUGUAAUCGGAAAAUCAACUUAUAAUCAACAGGUUAUCAUUAAGAACUCACAACCAACUCAGCGACUUACCACAUAUGUUGAGGCUAUUAGUAUAGCAGACAGUAACCAAUCUGUUCAUGCUGAGAUAUUGACCAACUUUGGUGAUAAUUUUGAUGCACAGAACUAUAAUGAGCUAUGCCAGCUUGCUAAUGGGGAAUACAAACACUUGUUCUUUUGA